CCAGAAAUCAGUAUUCCAAAAAUUUUCUACCAAUGUGCGGAUGAUCCACAGGAAUAUAGAAACCGCCAAUCAUUGGGGCAACCGCUUGAGAGAAGCACCACCAAGCGCCAUUUAGGGGUAGCACCCCCCAGAGCUGCGCCUGGAGACGUAGCCCCGGUAUCCGCGGCCGGAGUCCCCUGAUCGAACCGCCCAGCAGAGGUCAGUGCAACGUGGACCAGUGCAACGACGGUGCCAAGAUGCAUAUUGAAAUUCAGGUGGCUCUGAACUUCGUCAUAUCCUAUCUCUACAAUAAGCUGCCACGCAGACGUGUUAAUAUAUUUGGCGAGGAGCUGGAGAAGGCGUUGCGUGACAAGUUCCAGGGACACUGGUAUCCAGAGAUGCCCUUUAAGGGCUCUGCUUAUCGUUGCCUAAAGACCGGUGAUCCUAUCGAUUCGGUGCUGGAGAAAGCUGCCCAAGAGAGUGGAGUGCCCAUCACUGACAUCCUUGAGAACUUGCCCAGUGAGCUGUCGGUUUGGGUGGAUCCUGAGGUUUCAUUUCGCAUUGGUGAAAAAGGAUCUGUUAAGAUACUCUAUACGGAAAAUAAUGAGAAUCAUGAAGAUAGCCAUUCGGCAGACCGCGAGGUCACCACGACUUUCAAUCCAGAGGCACAAUGCUUCAGACCCAUCGAUGCGGUCAAUACAACCAUGAAUAAUCUGAGCUUAAGCCCCAAGGCUUUGCCACUGGCAUUACCCUUGGCACUGCCCCAGACGGGCUCAUCGCCCCAUUCGGCCGCCUCCAGCUCACCCACCUACAAGGGUAGCCCCAAUCCCACGAUCUCCGGCAGCUGCAGCACUGGCUCUGGUUCUGGCUCUGGCAAUGGUACCGGUUCCAGUACCGGAUCCGGUUCCGUAUCCGGAUCGGCGAUGUGCACGGGUUCUGGUCCUGUGGUUGGCACCACUGCCGUAACCAGUACCGCCGCUGCGGCCUUUACCCAACGCGCUGCCCAGGCGCCGCUCACCUUUACCACGGCUACCUUUGCGCAGACCAAGUUCGGCAGCACCAAGCUGAAGACCAGCUCCAAGCGCACCAAUAGCAGUGCCUACCGGAUGUCGCCCACUGAGUUCUCCAAUUACAUUAAACAGCGUGCCAUACAACAGCAACUGCAUCAUGGCCAUGGCGUAAUACCGUCCGCAGGCUCAGUGUCCGCCUAUGGUGCACUGGAUGCCGUAUCCCCGGCCCGCUCUCUCUCACCGAAUCCCUUGUAUUUGGGCAGUGGCACUGGGUCAACUGGUGGUGGCAGUGGUGCCAGCGGCGGCAAUGAUUCCUCCUUCUAUUACCCCAACAUGACGGUGGGCCUGUAUCCGCAGUUUAGCAAUUCGCGCAGCCUCUUUGAUUCACACUUCAAUACGGACUCUAGCCUGGGUCUCUUUGGCAGCGCCGGUGGCUCUGUGGGCGGUGGCGGUGUUAACAACAAUUACAGUACUUACCUGGAGCCAUGCUAUUUCCCCAACAGCCAUGGCAGUAUCCCGCCGUUCUGCCAGCUGCAUCUGUCCAAUGGCAGUGGCUCGGGCAUGGAGCGUGCCAAUAGCAGUGAUAGUUGCUUUGGCCUGGACAUGGAUUGCGGCUUGGUUGGUGGUGUAAAUGUGAAUGUAAAUGUGAAUCUGGAUGAAGGAGGAGCCACUGCAGUGGCCGUGGCCAUUGCCGGGGACUCAUCAUCCGACAAUAGUCCCGUGGGUACACCUACAAUGAAUGUAGGCACGAAUACAACUAGCUCUUUGAGCAACAGCAGCAACAACAGCAGCAGCAACAGCAGCAACAGCAACAGCAACAGCAGCAACAGCAGCAACAGCAGCAGCAGCAACAACAACAACAACAGCAGCAGCAGCAGCAGCAACAACAGCACCUCUACGGGCAAGCUGAUAGACGGCAUCAACUCUUUCUAUGGUGCCGGGUCAUCCUAUCAGCAACUUCUGGUUGCCAACUAGAGUUUGGCCCUGCAGAUAACAACAACAAAUGACACCUAAACACAACCAGGAUAGCCACAGACAACAAGGGGGAGAGUCCUGAGAAUCUAAGUACCCACAGAAUUAGCCGAACCGAACUGAAUGUCAUCGCUACUUAAGUACUUGAGCAGAUAUGUUUUUAUUUUCUUUUAUUUUUCUGUCGUGGCCCUUGAUGCCGACUGAAUUUGUUACCAA